GGGGGGGGGGGGCGGUCCUCGGCGGCAGCUGCGGCACUUAUCCUGAUUGUGCUCCUCUGGUGACUGCCUACAGGAGACCGCUUGCAUGCAGAGUGAACAGGGAUGCUUUGCUAUAUUUCUUCUCCGCUCUCAUUGACCAUUUCGAUGCCCUCGGGGUGCCUGCCAAAUAUUCAGCAGACAGUAGCGUCACAAGAGCAGAAAGACACUGAAGUCUCAAAAUCCGUUCUGGGCCACAACUGACCGUCCAUCAGCAGCAGUUCUCAUGAAGCACACGUGUGGAUCAAGGAAAAUAUAGUGACUUGAAAAAGACACAGUCCAAGAGGCACAAAGAUUAAUCAUUAAAGCAAACAUGCCUCAUUUCUUGGACUGGUUUGUGCCAGUGUAUUUGAUGAUCUCCAUUCUCAUCUUGGUGGGCUUUGGAGCUUGCAUAUACUACUUUGAGCCAGGACUGCAAGAAGCACACAAGUGGCGAACCCAAAGACCAAUAAUGGAUCGAGACCUUCGGAAAACUCUGAUGAUACGAGACAACCUUGCAUUUGGGGUGCCUGAAGUCUAGCGGUCUGCUCACGUGGACCUGUGAAAGCACCUAAAGGCAAAGUCAGUUUUCUGGCUGAAAUAACAAAGUACUCUAUAACUUGCACAGGUCAGUUUCUGGCUGCAAGUAACAUCAGUCCAUAAUUUCAUCAUUGCCAACCAGAGUGUCUGCUCAUGAAACUUUUCCUGUUGUCCCCUCUAUUUCUAACAGCAAAGCUUGUGAGAUGCUGUCAGCUCAGAGCUCCUGAUACUAAGACUUAGGCCUCUCUUCAUUGUUUGACAGUUGGGAUCCAUGAGAGUUCGUUAGCAUUCUAAGAAUGAUUAUACCUGUGCAUGAGCUUUAGGCCUCUGCAAAAGACUGUAGAGUAUGGAUUCUCAAUUAUAGAAUUUUUCACUGCAUGUAUGGCCUGAGUAUUUGGUCCAGUGCCUCUUGGACAAGUGACCUUUUUGAAAAGCUUACCAAUGGCACUGAGUUACUUUGUUUUUUAGAGUCUCUUUGGCAAGACAGAAAACCAAAUGGAUUGCACAGACUGAGUUCCUUUUUGUAUCCAAUACCAAGCUCACAUACACUGAAGGACAUAUUUUGUGAUCUCCAAGUGAAACAUAAUGGGAAUUCAAAUAGAUUCAGUGCUGAUAGGCAUCUGUCUAGCUCUGAACUUACUCAACAAAAUUUCAUGUUAAAAAGUCUGUGCUGAUUAAUUACCGAGAAAUAAUGUCUUUUGCUUCUCUAGGACUGGAGAAUUUGUUAGUCAGCACAGGAUUUUCUGCUCAUUUGGAUUCAGAAUCCCUCGUGAUGAGAGCAGUUGUACUUGUUCAGUCCAGUGCUGCUGCUGUCCUUUGUAUUGGGUCUAUUUGGAGUGUCCGGUCCAGUGAUGCUCUUCGAACUGUGAAAUGCCUUCAUACUUCUACCUUCCUGCAUGUCCUUGGUAAAAGCGACAGAGCUGAACAAGCUAUGAUUCUGUAGUUCCAAUGGCUGUGCUUUCUUCAGGAUUUCCACUGCAUAUCAAUAUGUAGUAGAAAUAUUCUCCAAACACACAGAGUGGUUUGCCCUCUGGUCUGCACUUCCCCUAGGGCUGACUUGUUACCAAAGUACUUUGGUACUUAGAUGCAUGGGACCUUGAAAUUUUUAGCAGUCUCUACCUUCAGAGCUAGUAGUAUACUGAUUGCACGCUAACAGUACUGGCAAAAUCUGGCACUGAUAGCAUAACGACAAUUCCCAUAGCUAGUGCCUCAUUUUUUCUGAACUUCAUUGGAGCAGAGUUGGUUUUAUACCCUUGCUUGCACAAUGUUACUUCUCACAUUCUGUGCAAGCAUUGAGCUAUUGUUAUGCAAUUGUGAAGCUCCAGUUUUUCAGACCAUCAGUUCCACAUUUUUACAUUCCAUAUUAGACACAUGAGACUCUACUUCUGGACUGUAAUCGCAAAUGUACAUUCCACAUUAAGAUAGCCCAGCCACUGCUGCCUGUACCUUAUUACUAUGUGGCUAUCUGCUUUCCGUGUUACACCAUUCCCCAAGCUGUCUUCUCCUAUCAAGACAUGCCUGCACAUUCCAUGCUCCAUUAGAAUGCAUUUACUGCCACUUUGCGGUGCAUAGCUCUCUCCAUUCCAUAGCAACCUCAUAUGCCUUUUCAUAUGUACUUCAAUACAUUCCACUGCUUCCAUUGUAUCACUGAGUUCCAUUAUCCACGACAACUGUCUAGCAUAGCAGGAACUUGGAACCAUAUUGGACAGAUACAUUGUGGCUUUUGAAGAAGUUCACAGCAAAUUGCCACUGGGAUGAAGACACAUUCCAACAGAAUCUCACCUAAAAAUGAGUGGUUAAGGUUUUUUUUUAAAUAAAAUCAGCUGCUAAAUUUGAGCAGAUUGUGGACACUGUUCCUGAGGACACUCUUAAUAUUAGUGAUGAUGUCUUUUAGCAUAGAAGGGUUAAAAGGCGUUUUGGAUAAACAGCUGGAACUCUUGUCAAGCUAUGCAGAUGUAAAGACGUAGCAGUUCUCAUCACCUGCACAAAAAUUUUGGUGGAACUUGUGUGACCUGAAAUACACAGAAUGAGUAAGAUACCUUUUCAUUUUUUGAGGCUGAAAACAACAGAAUGGCAUCCUGGUGUGGAGUCAUGUGUAUUACACUAUGAGUUAUAACUAAUGGUAUGUUUCAUUGUAGGGAUCUGAAGUGUUCAUGUUUCUAAUGCUGUGAUCCUGAGUGUGUGUGCAUUUACCUGAAAAUAGCACCAUUGAACUUUUUACUGAGCAAACAGGUUUUAAAUACUUUAUGCUUAAAGUUAGCCAAGGUAUUCAGUAGUCCCAGUUUAGAAAUCCUUACAGUUUAGAAAUCCUUUAGAAAUCCAGUCAGCUAUCUGAGGGAGCACAUUCCAGGUUACAUUAAAGGAUGGUAAAUUAGAUGUUGGAGUGUGCAUGUUGGAUUUCUUCUCAGGCAUCAAAAUGGGUGGCCUUGAGUAUUUAUAUUUAUUUACUUAUAUUUUAAAUUUAUAUCCUGUCUCUCCCGCACUGCAAUGGAGCUCAGGGUGCAUUACAACAAAUUAAAUACAUUUAAAAACACAAACAAUUGAUUAAAAUCCAAAAAAUACAAAUACUGGUGCCCUAAGUUCCCAGCAGAACUGGCUCUUGAGAAUAGCAAAAAACCCCUUUCGAAGUAGGUGAGGAAGGGGACUGAGGGAAGCAUAUAGAAGAAAGGGGUGCUAUCUGGUGACUGAUGGGUAUAAUAGAGCAGCCAACAAUCCUCAACCAUGUGCCUAGUGGAACAUCUCUGUCUUGCAGGCCCUGCAGAAGUGGGCCAGAUCCCUCAAGGCCUUGGUUUUCUCAGAGAGUUCCACCAGGAAGGAGCUACAGCUGAAAGGGAUAGUAGGCUUCUAGAGGCAAAAAUCCUCUCACGGAACAAAUCAAGCUGAUAAAAUUAAUGAUGUAGCUAUGGUUCUGAUCUGAACAACAGGUCUGUGCAUACAUUCUUGAGUACUGUAGGUUGUUGUUGUUUUUAAUUCUAUGUAGCAUCCUUUGGGAUAUACAUGGACUGUUCCGGAAGGAAAAUCUGCACACAUAGUCCUACUACUGUGGACAGAUUGCUUUGAUGGAUUGGAGCAAUUAAUUGUUUCUUGAUGGACAUGGGGCUGUGAAAAGGCAGUGCCAUGAGCUUCUAAGAUAUUGUUCUGAUCUUCAAUAUGAAUGUAGAUAAAUGUCCACCUUCCUAUAUCCAUGACCAGUGAAUUACUACUGCUAGUAAUAGCCAUAGUCUCCAAGCCAUAGGCCUUUGAAGACCUGUUGUCUGGGCCUUGAUUCUCUUUGUGAAGGCUAAGUUACCAAUGCAAAUUAAUGGACCCCAGGUUGAGCUAUCGGGUAGCAAUAAGAAUCCUUGUGUUAUAGGCCAGGUGCUCUGGGCACAGGCUACGUUAUUUCCUUAUGGCUAAUGCACUGUGUUUUUUGAAGUGGUGUUUUGUGUUUGUUUCUGUGUCUGUGUGUAUGUUGGUUGACUGAUAAAAUGUAUUUUGCACAAACCCACAUGAUCGUUGUCCUGAUCCAACUCGUUAUGCUCAGGCCUGCUUAUGUGACACAAAAAAGAUGUCUACCAUGUGUCCUUGUGGUGAGCAUGCUGCACAUGUGUGUUUUUACAAAGAGUUUCAAGUCAAGAAAAUCUCUACUGGGGAAUGAUUCAGUGACCACGUUCACUUUCCUUGGGUGCAUUGAUUUAUAUGGACAUUCUCUGUCAUUGACUAACAUCCUUAAGUUUUGGUAUUCACUAUAAAGAGAUGCUCUCCUUAACUAGCAGUUUAAAAAUCAGUGGCAGUGAGAUCAGCCAUCAAAGUUCACAUUGUAAUAAUUUCUAGGGGAACAUUCAAAAUUAGGUCCUGCUGCAAUGGCUUCCCAAUCUUUUAAUGGUUUUUCCAGUCUAGAACUGAUCUGCAUUGGCAGUCACUCAAUAAGAGCUCAAUUAAGGAAGCUUGCAUUUUUCUUUUUUUAUCAUGAGGGUAAGGAGAAUUUAAUCUCUGCACAUGCUGUCAGCAUAAACAUCACCGGCAUGAAGCCCUUUUAUAAAAUUAUGAAACAAAACAAUAAAUAAGUAAGGUGUGCCAAAACUGUUUAAGGGUGGAGAGGCAUAUAAUUAAGAUGGUCUUAUAUUUAUGUGUGACUUUGCUCAAAUAGAAUCCACCCAAAUCCCAUUCUUCAGUGGUUAGCAGGAGUUUCAUAAAAGGGAUUAAAUAUAGGGAUCAAUGCAUUCACAGGUAAGGAUUAAUGCAGGGGUGUCCAACUCUGGCACUUCAGAUGUUCAUGGACUACAAUUCCCAUCAUGGCCAAUUGGCCAUGCCAGCAGGGGCUGCUGGGAAUUGUAGUCUAUAAACAACUGAAGCACCAGAGUUGGACACCCCUGGAUUAAGGCAACCAAUGGCCUGUCCCCAUUCUCUCCAGGUGCUGAUCUCUUUUCCCUUUUGAUGCUGUUGUGUGUUCUCUGAUGUUCUUAUCUACCCCAUCCUAUGUAUCCCAGUACUUACUACAGGGGUGUCCAAUUCUGGGGAUUCAGAUGUUCAUGGACUACAAUUCCCAUCAAUUGGCCAUGUCAGCAGGGGCUGAUGGGAAUUGUAGUCCAUGAACAUCUGAAGUGCCAGAGUUGGACACCCCUGACUUACUACCUGCUGAUAAAGAAGUAAUUUUGUUUUUUGUGUGUGGUUUACAUAUAGGAUGAUUUCAUUGCAGAAUUGUGGUCAUUAUAAAAUUUGUUGUGACUUGCAUCUGAAAUCUUCAUGCGACAACUGCCACGACACUCUCAUGUGGAAAUGUUAGGCUCCAGUUGUUGCUUUUAGCGCACAGGGAACUAACAGAAAUCUCAGGCUACUUCCUUUAUGCCAUCAAGCUUCUGCAAGACAAUGUUUCUUUUACAGUUGACUUAGAAUCUAAUAUGAAACAAAUGUCAAAAUUUUUAAUCCACUCAGCAUUUAGAAGUGUAAAAUGUUGAUAUUUCAAAUGGUAAAGGUCAGAAGUAUCUUUGAGUAUCUGAUAUUCUGAAAUGUUUCAGUUAACUCAGUUUUCAAGUUGGUAGAAGUGACAUUUUACAGCUUUAAAUGGUUUUAACCAAUGAAAAUAAAUUAGAGGUUUGCACAUUUUGGAUUUCAAGUGUGUUCUAGCUCUUCCUUUUGCAUUGUCAGAGAAGGGUUUGAAACUCAGUGAUCUUAAGGAGCUUCUCACAGUGCUAAUGGUUAGGGUGGCGUUCUCAUUGACAACCAGCUCCUCUUUCCCCACUUCAUGUGUGUGAAACUGCGAGCAGGGUUUACACUCUGGAGUUGAUGGCUCUGUGGAACCCAUGAGUACCAUAGAAGGCUAUAUGUGUCUUGAGUCUUGCUCACAAUCCUUUGCACUGGGACCACAUAAUGAGUUUUUGCUCAUUCUGAAUACGUUUGUGUGAUUUUGUAGAACACAAAUCUGACUCUCUAGCAGGUCCAAAAAACCUGAAAUUAGGUCAAUCCUGCUGGAGUCCAUGAGGCUGUUAGUAAAACUUGUGUGCACAGUAGGCCUUGUCCAGAACACUGCAGCACCAUGGAGAGCUGCACAACUAGAAUUUCACUUCCUUCUCACUGAGUGAUUAUGGGGGCUUCUUGCAACGCAGAAUCUUUCACAGCUAUAGGUCAAGUUAGAAGUCAGAUUAAAGGGAGAAACAGACUGUUGGAUUUUGCUAGAAUGGGAAAUAUAUCCAUUCCAACUGCUGUUGCUAGCUUGGGGUGAAUACUAACCUCAUUUUUAAAAAUAAAAAAUACCUUCUCUUUAUCUCAAAUGGAACACCUUCUCCCUCCUCUGUCACGUCUUGAGAGGAUUCACUCAAAAAUUUGAUGGUGUCAUUUUGACAUUGAGCAACUAAGGCAUUAAGUUGGACAAAGCAUUGAAGAGUAUGUUGUAAGGGACAUAUGGACAGAGGGGUGAAUAAACUGUGACCUUAGUUUCCUGUAUAAAUGGCUGUUUACCCUUUCUGUCAUCUGUCUGACAAUCCAUUGUUGUGUGUUUAUCUCAUUUUCCCCAGGAGCUAAGGGAAAUCAAAAAAGUAACCCCAACUCCAUGUGAUGUCCCCCCGCCCCCGAUUUAUGUUGUUGGCGUACAUUUUGCACUGAUCAGAUGUAGAUGCUACUGUUCCUGAUUAAGUGAAAUUCUGUGUAAAUGCUUUCCUAUAAAUAGGUUUGAAAAAUAUUAAUAAAAACAUUAGAGCAAACCAAGUUUAA